AAGCUUCGAACUUACUGACAUCCUCAGUUAUUAAAAUGUGACAUCCAGCCUCAUCUUUUCAAGAGAAGGAAACUUUCACUGCAUUUGGAAACUGUUUUGGCACUCCUGGGGAUAGUGUGCUUUGCCUACUGAAAGCAGAAAGUAACUGCUGGAGUUUUUUGUGUUGCAGGCUUGAAGGAACCUUAUGCUAAUAAAACAAGAGGAAAAUGACAUUAAAGAAAGUGAAUAUUUCCAUCCUUAUAGUGGCUGUUGUCAUUUUUUUGCUGAUUCUUUAUCAUAACUUCUUAGGCCUCAGUGACUUCUUGAGAUGGGAAUUGUCAGAUUCAAACCCAGCAGGACUCCAGCCUAUAGAUUUCAUAGCUGCAGUUCCCCAGAGACUGGCAGAUGAAAGGAACGAGGAGGAGAUUUCUGUGGUCAUUACAGCAUCAGAUGAGAGGCUUGGGGGUGCAAUUGCAGCCAUGAACAGUAUUUACUUUCACACCAGAUCCAACGUGGUUUUCUAUAUUGUUACUUUGAAUGAUACUGUGGAUCACUUGAGGCUGUGGCUAAGUAGCACUGCUCUGAAAAAAUUGCAGUAUCGAAUUUUGGAUUUUGACCCUCGUGUCUUAGAAGGGAAGGUGCAAAUGGAGCCUCAAAAGCCAGACACCUUAAAAGCAUUAACUUUUGCAAGAUUCUACCUGCCCACUUUGGUACCUCAUGCAGAGAAGGCCAUCUAUGUGGAUGAUGAUGUCAUAGUGCAAGAUGAUAUUCUUGAACUCUACAACACUCCACUGAAACCUGGACAUGCAGCUGCUUUUUCUGAUGACUGUGACUCAACCACUAAUAAAGUUGCUGUCCGUGGAGCAGGCAAUCAGUAUAAUUACAUUGGGUUUCUAGAUUACAAAAAAGAAACCAUCCGAAAGCUUGCCAUGAAAGCCAACACCUGCUCUUUCAAUCCAGGAGUCUUUGUUGCCAAUUUGACAGAAUGGAAAUUACAGAACAUCACUAAGCAGCUGGAGAAGUGGAUGGCACUUAAUGUAGUAGAGGAACUUUACAGUAGGACCCUGGCUGGCAGCAUCACGACUCCUCCACUGCUGAUUGUAUUUUACAAGCAACAUUCCAGUAUCGAUCCCAUGUGGAAUGUCCGGCAUCUCGGGUCUAGUGCUGGAAAAAGGUACUCUCCUCAGUUCGUGAAGGCUGCCAAACUGCUCCAUUGGAAUGGACAUUUCAAACCCUGGGGAAGAACAGCUGCAUAUGCUGAAGUCUGGGAGAAGUGGUAUGUCCCUGACCCUACAGGCAAGUUCAGUCUGAUCCGCAGACAUUCAGAAGCCUAUGAAGCAAAGUAGUCAAUUUUCAUAACCAAUGACAUUUUCUCAGGAAACUUCUGGAGCCAAGCAGAACAUUCUUUUUGGAGUUGUUUUGUU